AAGCACAUAAAUUGAGAGGAGAGAGAGAAGCAGGCAGGCAGGCAGCAAGUGCUUUUGCGUUCAGCGAUAGGUUCGCAUUUUUCCUCCCCCUACCUCUGAAUAUAAUUUUAGAUUUAGAGUGAAAUAAAGAGAAAAGCACUUUGGAAGCCUGGAAAGCUCUGCAGUAGCGACAGCAAAAGAGGGGGGUUAUGAGCUAUCACCUGCAAUUACAUUAAAACAAAAUUUUUGACUGUGCUCGCUGGGAAGGCGCUGGAGAACCGGCCCUCGAUUUUGCCUUUCUUACCCUUUUAAAAUUAUUAUUAUUUAUUUCUGAACUGGCAUUUGAGUUGGAGGGGGGAGAUUGCUUUUGCACUAGCAAAGCUCUUCAGUGCUGCUGCUGCAUGUAAUUCUAGCUCGGUGCAAUCUAGGUUAAAAGUCGUGCAACUGUAGCUAGCUGGGGGGGAGAAAAACAGGGAGGACGAUCCGGGUGCAUUUUUCGCUCGGCAGCGCUUUGCAAACACUCUCCGGUCCUCCGUCCCUUUCCCCUCCCUGGAGCGAAGGAGCAGAGGCGGCGGCUGGAGGGAGAGAGGACGCCAGAGACGGAGCGGCGGACGCAGCUGCUGCCCGCGCCCCCCGGGACAAUGGUGCUGGACAAGGAGGACGGGGUGCCCAUGUUAUCUGUACAACCAAAAGGGAAACAGAAAGGCUGUGCUGGCUGCAACCGAAAGAUCAAGGACCGCUACCUUCUGAAGGCCUUGGAUAAAUAUUGGCAUGAAGAUUGUCUAAAAUGUGCCUGCUGUGACUGCCGUCUUGGAGAGGUUGGAUCAACUCUUUACACAAAAGCAAAUCUCAUUCUCUGCCGCAGAGAUUACCUGAGGCUCUUUGGUACCACCGGGAAUUGCGCUGCCUGCAGUAAACUGAUCCCUGCCUUCGAGAUGGUGAUGAGGGCCAGAGAUAAUGUUUACCAUUUGGACUGCUUUGCCUGCCAACUCUGCAACCAGAGAUUUUGUGUGGGAGACAAAUUUUUCCUGAAGAACAACAUGAUCUUAUGUCAGAUGGACUAUGAGGAAGGGCAGCUGAAUGGAAGUUUUGAGUCCCAAGUUCAAUAACGAUCCCUGCUUUGCUGAAGCACUGUGGGAUGGACGUUCAGCCACACAAGCAGUGAGGGGCGUCUGUCAGCUUGCCUGCAAUAUUUUUUUAAUUCUUGGUCCAGAAAGGACUAUAUACAUUGUAGUACUUUUUUCCUGCCCCCAACACAAAGCAGUUACAAAUUUAGAUGUACAGUUGUGCCUGCUUAGCUGAGCACUGCAUUGCCUGUAUGUUUGUGAGUUUUUUGGGGUCUGGGGGAGGGCUCUGUACAGUCUGAUUUCUGUAUAUAAACUGGAACAUUUAUUUUAUGAAAAAUGUAAUGCAAUUUUAUUACUGGUGUGAAUUAAAAAUUAUGAAUGUUUCCUGGUCA